CUCUCCAGACGCGGUUGCACAUACGACAGUAGAGGUGGGAGCUGCAGCAUAUGGAGGCAGACGCAUCACCGGGGAAUCGCUUGUGUAUUGAAACAGCCCUCAGACGGAUCCAAGGGGGAUUUUGAAGUCAGCACGCUUCAGCGGGACGAACACACGCUCCGCUUUUUAUUCUGAAAAGUCGCCUCGCUUGCCGUUUCUCCCCGUCGAUCGCCCGUCGUUUGGAACAGGGCGUGUGUGCGGGAGGGGAGCUGCUUCGCCGCUUCAUGCCUGUAUACGUGGUGUUCUGGAUAUAAGCCUCGAGCCGAAGGACGCGGUCCAGGAUGGGAUGCACGCUGAGCACGGAGGACAAGGCGGCGGUGGAGCGCAGCAAGAUGAUCGACCGGAACCUGCGGGACGACGGGGAGAAGGCGGCCAGAGAGGUCAAGCUGCUGCUGCUCGGUGCUGGUGAAUCAGGGAAGAGUACGAUUGUCAAGCAGAUGAAGAUCAUCCACGAGGCGGGUUACUCAGAAGAAGAGUGCAAGCAGUACAAGGCUGUGGUCUACAGCAACACCAUCCAGUCCAUCAUCGCCAUCAUCAGAGCCAUGGGGCGCCUCAAGAUCGACUUCGGUGACGCCGCCAGAGCUGACGACGCGCGGCAGCUGUUCGUGCUGGCCGGCUCGGCGGAGGAAGGCUUCAUGACGGCGGAGCUGGCCGGGGUCAUCAAGCGGCUGUGGAGGGACGGAGGGGUGCAGGCCUGCUUCAGCCGCUCCCGCGAGUAUCAGCUCAACGACUCGGCAGCAUACUACUUGAACGAUUUGGACAGGAUAUCCCAGGCCACCUACAUCCCGACCCAGCAGGAUGUCCUGAGGACCCGGGUCAAGACCACGGGCAUUGUGGAGACGCACUUCACAUUCAAGGAUCUGCACUUUAAGAUGUUCGACGUCGGCGGUCAGCGGUCUGAGAGGAAGAAGUGGAUCCAUUGCUUCGAGGGCGUGACGGCCAUCAUCUUCUGCGUGGCGCUCAGCGACUACGACCUGGUGCUGGCGGAGGACGAGGAGAUGAACCGAAUGCACGAGAGCAUGAAGCUGUUCGACAGCAUCUGCAACAACAAGUGGUUCACGGACACGUCCAUCAUCCUCUUCCUCAACAAGAAGGACUUGUUUGAGGAGAAGAUCAGGAAGAGUCCUCUCACCAUCUGCUACCCAGAAUAUGCUGGCUCCAACACGUACGAGGAGGCAGCAGCCUACAUCCAGUGUCAGUUUGAGGACCUGAACAAGAGGAAGGACACGAAGGAGAUCUACACCCACUUCACCUGCGCCACCGACACCAAGAACGUGCAGUUCGUGUUCGACGCCGUCACCGACGUCAUCAUCAAGAACAACCUGAAAGACUGCGGCCUGUUCUGAGGAGAGUGGAGCCGAGACGCUGAAGCCUUUCUUCUUGGCAGCGAAGCCGCCUUCUACUGCAUCUUUGUGGGAAGAUGAGGAGUCGGGAGGACCAGUCACAGACCAGAGCUGUACUAUAUGCCACUUUUACCAGCUUUAUUUAUGUUCUUUGUCUUGGAACAUUUUGAACUAGCGUCUCAGCGUUUGUGUAGGAUGUUUGUAUCAUUGUAAAAACGUCACAGUAAAUGUUGACUCUAUUUUUAUUUUUAUUUUUUUUUUAUUUUUGAGAAGAUCGCGUUUUUGCUGUUCUUUCUACCGCUCUCUCUGGAAAGGGGAACAUAGCCGUUGGUGCAACAUGCUUCUUUUCUUCCUUCCCCACAACCACCAGGGAAGAAAAGAGGUACAACUUUGAGUUCAGUCUGUUGGUACUCGUGCCUUCGCAUGCCUUUUACUGCGGUCGUAGUCCCGAUGCUUGUUCUGUUGCCUGCUGACUCCUUCUACGCAUAAAGACGUUAACUGUUUUCAUACGUUCGUGUCCCGGCUGUCUUCUGUGUGCUCACCGCUGAGCUAGCGCGAAGACGAGGUACAUGGGUCUCCAUGGCGACCAACAUGUAGCCUCCACGGUCCCUCACCCCUCAGCACUGACCCCAGAAAUUCGGGGCUCGGGGGUUUCAGCAGUGUAUAAAGUCAUUUGGAAGCGAGUCGAGGUUACAGCACACUCAAGUGAUAGAAGAACACAGAGCAGUGGCACAUUUUACUGUACAUUUUAACGUAUUUGGAGAGGACUGUGGUGUGUUUGGUGGUAAGGAGAGGACAGAAGACGGUUGAUGAUCCUUGACGUGAUGUUGUUGGAUCCGAGCCGCUCUGACAGAUGAGGUCCUGGCUCCGUUCAUGUAAAGAAACUGCCCCAGCCGUCAGUGUAUGUGUAUGUUCUCCUGGGAAGGAGAAUCUUUGUAGACUCAUCUCCCUUAUUUUGCUAAUAAAACCAUUUACAAAGCACCUGGA